AUGCCCACCACACUCGUCACCGGCGCCAACGGCUUCGUGGGCGCUACUGUCGUCGAUGAACUUCUCACUCAGAACCACGAUGUGGUCCUCGCCAUCCGCAGCACUUCCUCCGCUGACACUCUGAUAUCCAUACACCCGGAGUGGCCCGCAGAGAAGAUCUCCGUAGCCCCUGUCCCCGACUUCACGCUCCUGGGCGCCUUCGACGCCGCCUUCAAGACGCACCCAGAAAUCAACUAUAUCGUGCACGUGGCAGCGCCAGUACCCGACGAUCCCCUCAACGCAGACUUUGUCGAGCAUUUUGAGAAGCCCAGCGUGUUGGGCAAUACGGGCCUGUUGGCGUCGGCGAAGGGAUUCGGCAAGAACGUCAAGGCCGUCAGCGUCCCGGGCAGCAUCAAUGCGAUUACGCUUGGAGAUCAGGAUGAUUUCAAGAGGAGAAUUUUGGGGAAUAACGAAUGGCUCCCCCUGGGUAGGGAGGAUGCAAUCGAGGCGCAGAAUGCUUAUGUGAGUAUUCCGUACCUCUACUAA